GGAAAAGUCAGAAUAGUGAGAGAAGGAAAGGUCUCACCUGGAUUCACCAUAAUGGUUCUUCAUGCUUAGUUGUUCUUUUGACUUGCGGUUGGUGCAGCUGGGUGAUCGGCUGAUCUUCUUUUCCAUUGGCCCUCAGAAUUAGCUCGGACAGCUGAAGGAGCUACCACUCCUCCACAGCCAAACACAGCCUCCUCGACAGUAGUCGCACUCUCCAGGGCAACUUUCGACCCGCAUAAGGGUCUACCGGUGGAGGGAAGCUAGCCGACGAGGAGAUGAGUCUCUUCGUGCAGCUAGAGGCGCCGCGAUCCGGAACCGGAAGUCUAAAGGAUGAUAAUCUAGAGCACUGGCAUAGCAAAGCCUGCAAAUGUGAUUGUCAAAAAAAUCCAGACUCAGUGUGGUCCAUCGAAACAGACAGUCUAGAUUGCAUGCCGGAGUGUCCCUAUCAUAAGCCUCUUGGUUUUGAAUCAGCAGCUGUCACUCCAGAUCAAAUAAGCUGUUCCAAUCCAGAGCAGUAUACUGGGUGGUAUGCUUCAUGGACUGCAAACAAGGCCCGGCUUAACGGACAAGGAUUUGGAUGUGCCUGGCUCUCCAAAUACCAAGAUACAAACCAGUGGCUACAGAUUGACUUGAAAGAAAUUAAAGUUAUUUCAGGCAUAAUUACACAGGGAAGAUGUGAUACAGAUGAAUGGAUGACAAAAUAUAGUGUGCAAUACAGGACUGAUGAGAAUCUGAACUGGGUUUAUUACAAGGACCAAACAGGAAACAAUCGGAUUUUCUAUGGAAAUUCAGACAGAUCAUCAUCUGUGCAAAACCUCUUGCGCCCACCCAUUGUUUCUCGUUACAUAAGGUUGAUACCUCUUGGCUGGCACGUGCGCAUUGCUAUCAGGAUGGAGCUGCUGGAGUGCGUGAAUAAAUGUAUUUAAACUUUGGUGUCAUCUGGGAAGAGAUAGGUGUUUUAUUUAGAAAGAUAUAACAGUAUAAUUAAUAUGAGAAAUAAAUUCACUGACUAUGAGUUCAGUGUCUGUUAAAAUUAUACAUCUUAUCCAGUACCUCCUGUGACUUAUAUUCUCUGCAGCUUCAAGAAGUUAAUAGAAUUCUGUAUAUUAAUAAAAUAAAUCAAGAUGGAAUAAA